AUGCCUCCGAAGACAAUCGUCAAGCAAGAGAAGGGAAAGGCCGUCGACCUCGGCGGUGACGGGAAAUUCACGUCGCACGCCGAAACGACGCUCGACGCCGAAAGCCUCGACACUUUCCGGCAGGAUUUCAGGAUCCCGGAUGGGAUCGAACUCGUUCUCCCAGCUGAGGGAGAGGACCCGGAGCAUCGCUCGCUCAUUUCAAAGAUGGCGUUUCCCGCAGAUGCACCCGAGCUUCGUCCGCCACGUGAUAGGAUGCGCGGUUCGAGCUCGGGAAGAGGGCGUCUCGUUCGGUGUUCGAGAUCUGAGGAAGCUCUUCUCGGUGAAGAACAACACCAGGCUUCCCGGGUCGUUUUACUCCUCGCCGAGGCCGAAUCGGCGAAUAUUCACGAACACCUUGUAGAGGGAUAG